AUGUCUGCUAACAGCGACUCUGCCGACACUGCCUCUAUCAGCUACUCCUACGCCGACUUCUUGGGGCCCCAACCCGCCAUUUGGUUCGAUGCGCCUGAGAACCAGGUCGAGGACAAGAACCUUGGCUGGGGCAUGUGUAGUACGGUGAUGGGCAUGGGCAUGGACGAUAUGGGAUUGGCGGGACCCAUCGAGUCCCCCUUCAACAUCACACCCUUCGGCAAGUCUUUUAACCCGCUCAUUAAUGAGUCGUUUUGA